UGGUGUCGCUGUUGGACAGUGUUUUCUCUACUUCCUGUUGGCCUUCUGUAGCUAAUCAUAGCUCCAUGUAGCUGUUUUUAUUUUAUAUUUUUUCUCUAUAAUCUUUCUUACUAUCACUGUCUGUUUGUUUGUUUUUUUUUUAAUUGUAAAAUAUAACUUAAUUCACACCAUAUUUCUGAUAUUACCGAUCAAUCUUAUCAGAUUAACUUUGAUCGUUCACUCUUCCGUGACUGCAGCACACCUGCAAAGCGUUAGCACUCGUUAGCUUGUCAUUAGCGUUUUCUUUUCUCCUCUCCUCUCCUCUCUCACGCUGCAGUUUUCCACAAGUUCAUCAAACAACCGCAGUAAGAAUAUUUCAUCAAGCACGGUGAGUAAUGGCUUCUCCUACAAUUGUUAUUUGCACCUCUUGCCACAUGUACAGUUUAUCUAUCUCUGUCGCUGAUGAGGGAUUCACAUGUGAUAAAUGCAGGGAAACAGUUAGGCUGACAGAGAAGAUUUCAGAAUUAGAGACACGCAUCCAAACUUUAAUUGAGGACAGUAAGAAUGUUAGGGCUCUAGAUAUGGCUUUGGAUGCGUCUAGCUCAGGGAUUCCUGUACAUUGUCCGGUUCCAGCAGAGCCCCUGCAGCAGGGCAACUGGGUGACGGUGAGGCAGCGUAGUCGUGGGUCAAAACACCGCUCUUCUGUUCCGAUCAAAACAUUAAACAGGUUCUCCCCACUCAGUGAUGCACCCACUGAGAAACCUGAUGAAAGUGCUCUAGUUAUUGGCGAUUCUAUUGUACGGAACGUGAAUAUAGAGACACCAGCCACCAUAGUCAAAUGUUUACCGGGAGCCAGAGCGCCUGACAUCUUGGCAAAUUUAAAAGUGCUGGCUAAUGCUAAACGUAAAUACAGUAAGAUUGUUAUUCAUGCCGGCGCUAAUGAUGUUCGACUUCGCCAGUCGGAGAUCACUAAAAAUAACUUUAAAGAGGUGUGUGAACUUGCAAGCACGAUGUCAGACACUGUAAUAUGCUCUGGUCCCCUCCCUGCUUACCGUGGUGAUGAGAUGCAUAGCAGAUUGUCAUCACUCAAUGGCUGGAUGUCUAAGUGGUGCCCACAGAAUAACAUAGGUUAUAUAGACAAUUGGACGAGCUUUUGGGGCAGACCUGACCUGUUUAAAAGAGAUGGUCUUCAUCCCUCCUGGGGUGGCGCCACUCUUCUGUCUAGAAAUAUGGCAAAUAGUCUUAGUGUUUAUACUUGACU